AUGAGUUCUUCAGCACAGCAACAACAGCAUUUUCACGAAAGUGAAGGCUCGGUUCAUGUGCAGCAAUGGCAGUUCGAGGAUAAUAUACAUCCAAUUGAGUCCAUUGAUACACCACCGUUUGCUCUAAUCAAGAUGAAGGUUGAACGAGGCGAGAAAUCCGUCACGCUGGCUUCAUCACUGCCGAGAACAGAUGUGACGACUAGAAAAAAGAGCAGCACGUUCACGCCGGCGAGAUCUUGA